AUGGUGACAGAGGGCUGCUGCAUUGCCGUGGAGGAUGAUGCGAUGGAGCUGGCAGAAGCAGCACCUGUUCUCACGCCCGUGGAUGGCCCCAUACUGGUGCCCCAGGACGGCGUUUCGCGCGUGGAUUUCGACAUGGCCAUCAGGCGUUUAGAGUUACGGAUGGAGCAACUCGAACGGCAGCUCCGAGCCGAGCAGGGCAACCUGAAAGUCCCCGAGCCGGCUGUGCUCACCCCCAUUUUGGAGGAGAAUGGGGCUGAGCUUCCCAGCCCAAAGAAUCACUUUUCUGCUGCCACGGAGGAGGAUGCAGACUUUACACAUGACAGCAUUCAGUUCGGUGAGAGCAUUUGGAGCCUUCCGCUGGUUUUGGACUUCAGCCAUUUCCCGCUGUGGGAUGGCAUUUUCUCGAUGCUGCUGCUCAUAGUGAACUUGGGGAUGCAGGCCAUGUUCUCUGGCAUUCUCCUAUCCGACGACUUUGCUGGUGCUGGAGUGCAAGUGGAAGAGGAGAGAGAGAAUGCCAGACGAUGGCGAAUUGGCAUUGCGCAUGAUUGGAGGUACAUGGACCUUUCUGAGACAAGUUUAGUAACGCGUGUUUGCCAGAGCGAUGGCGCGUUGAUUUUAUCGACGCCGCAGGCAGAGCUCGUGGACCAGAUUAACAGCUUUCUAGGCCUCGGUGCAGAGGACUUUGUGCCGGGCUUCUUUCAGCCAGGGAUUCUCCUUUGUUUACUUUGCAUCCUCCAUUGGAGUCUGUGCGUCUACAAGGAGUUUCGAAGCGUUUGGCUUGCCUUUGAAGCUGUGCUUGCCAUUCCAAGAGCUUCCCGGAGCAUAACCAGCCAGAACAGGAUCACCAGCUUAUCCAGGUCUCGCCUUCUUGUGGUCCUGACAUCCUUCGUGCUGCGCAUGGCCAUUGCAAGUAUCAUGCUGGUAGCUGGGAUCCAGUGGCUGGGUCGAACGACUUCCAUCACAGAGCUCAUGCUGAAUGCGGUCGCCUUGAAUGGAAUUAUGGACAUCGAUGAAUUGCUUUUUGCAGGUUUCACCCCCGUGUCAGUUCAACAAGCCAUCAGAAAGCUGGAGCCCGUAAAAAUGAAGUACAGCAGAUAUCGGAGUCAAUUUGAGUCCUUUGCGCUCUUCCUCCUUUUGCUUGUCACAAUGCUCGUUCCAUACCUCAUCUAUUUGGAACCUCUUGGGUCUGGUAUGGUCAGCAUCAAGUGGGAAAUGUGUGGGAAGAACCAGACCUUCGUGGUGGCCAACAAUCCAGCAAACCAACAGGUUAUUGGUUACAGGACUAAGGCCACCCGGGACGAUCAAGAGCCUUCUCUGGUUGAAAUUGCGGUGGAACAGCACAAGUUCCAGGAAAGCGGGCCGCCCAAGUACAUUUUCUUUGCCUCCUCGAUGAAGAUGUUUAGUGCCGACAUUGAUGAGGACAUGAAUGCCGCUGCUGCCCGGACUCCUUUUUGUGUUGAGACAGAUGCCCUUUGGCCUGGGACUCCAUUUCAUGAGGACCCAGUCGUUACUUCCAUCCUCCAUGCGCGCUUGAGAUCAGCACUGGUCUCUUUGGGCCAGCCGCCCAGCAUAACUUGCGAUGGCGUCGCUCACCUUUGCAAUAUGCCCGAUGCUCGCCUCCUGCGAUUGAUGUGUGGUUACACCUGCGGCUGUACUGACCCAUACUCGUCCUCGCCGUGGCACAGGGUGCAGGCGGCGGGUUGUUCCGUUGCCUGCACUGCGCGGGCAUUGACGAUCUUGGCGACACAGCCGUGUGAGGAUCAACCGGCCGGAGAUGCUUGGGAGGCGUUUUGGGAUGGCUAUGCCCCAGCUCUAUCAGAUCACUAUGGGCUGAACGUGAGUCAGGCGGAUAUUUGGCCCGCAGCUUCCAGCAUUGCCAAUCAGCUUCGUGUCAGGGGAUGCCCAGGCUUGACAAAUCCCGAGUUGCAGCUUGAACUUAUCACACAAACACCCUGGUGCCAGGGUCAUGAACGCUUAUUUCGCCCGCUCGCUUGGAUUUGUCCCAGAUCUUGCGGGUGUUUUGGGACUGCCUUGGGCCAUUGCCCAGCCAGUUGUGUUGCAAAUGCCAGCACGGACUGA